AUGCCGGUGGCCGGAGGAUUUCAUUGCUACGUGGAAUUAUCUUUUCUUUCUGAGCUGAUAGCGGUCUCCCUCGCUUCCACAGGCAAUCGCUUCUUCCUGCGAUCUCCUCGUGGUGCCGACGUCGCACUGAAACAAUCCUUGCCUUCUAGACGUAACGUAUCGAUGGUUGGUAAGGUAGAAGUUCUUCAGAAUAUCACUAACAGAACACAGACGACGCAUACCUCGUCACUGAACAGAAUUACAUAUAUGGGACUCAGUGUUCUGAAAUACCGACCUCUAAAAAAUCAGAGUGCUUCUUAUGCCCUCUGCAAUGUACCAUUUCUAUACUUGUUCCCUGGGUUCGACGAUUCCUAUUUGACGAUGGACUUCACCCUCACUUCCCCUGGACCAGAACAACAUCGACGACAACGUUCUUCGCAUCUAACCAACUUGAAACAUGAUCAAAGUUCUAUACCAUUCCGCCAAGAAUCUGUUGUCUUUUACAUGCAAGAAAACACUUCGCGACAGCAAUCAUCUGCAAUCGAAGCAACGUGCUUUCAAAAAAAGCUGCAGGCAUUGCGCCCGAAGAAAGAAGAGGCUACGAGCCGAAGAAGUCCGGCAAAUUGCCAUAGAAGAGGGCUGCAACAAAUGGCUCAUCAUCCUCUGGGUGAAAAAUCCAGAGCACGGCAAGUCAUUCUGUUACGUUUAGGUUUAGGUGUGCAAUUUCUUUGCACACGCACAUUUACUAAAUUCGUCCAGAGAAUAUUCUCCAAUUUGCAGAUAGAGUGUGCUGUAUCACCACAAUAA